AUGAGUUUGUGGAAGAGGCUGCAAAGAAUUGGCAUGAAAGCAGCCAAGUUUCAGUUUACUGUAUCAUUGGAAAAAUUGCACAUUAAAUUCGAUAAGGAUUAUCAGCCAAAGGCUGUCAUCAUUGUGUUUACUCGACGAGGUAGACGCUGUUCAUCCCAGCCAGUAACUCUUCAGAAGUCUCCAACUGAUAAAUCAACCCUCAUAAAUGAGUGGGCCUUACCCGAAAAUUUGGAGGUUCUGACUACACUUUAUAGAAACGAGAAGGACAUUUCAUUCGAGGACAAGGAGUGGACGUUUCAGGUUGAGGACGUUUGUAUGUCAUCGAGUGAAUUCAAGGAGGCGUCAAUCUCCGCAACAACCCGGCGUCGCGUUUUGGCCACUCGCAGUCUCAACCUUGCUGAAUUUGCAUCUACCCUUCCUACACAAAAUAACCUCAAAAUCAACCUCCGAGCAGCUUCAAAGAAAGUCUCCACAGCAACUCUCUUUUUUACUCUGCACGGCUUAAUGCUACGCUGCGGCGAAGCGACCGACGAGGACAUGAUUUCAGUUGCCUCUUCCAUGUCCCUGACGUAUGCACCACCGUCAGCAUACGGAGCCAGAUGGGGAAGCGAAUCACCAACUCCCCCCUUUGCCCCUGUCGAGCAGGCUGGAGGGAAUCCCAAUUUGCGUAAUGACUUUGCGAACAUUUCGAGUCAACUGCAAGCCUUGGAACGAUGUCCCGACCUUCGUGAGGUCGAUGAAGAGGAGGAAGACGCGGAAGCUGACACAAACGUUGACAGUCGGGAUUAUCAUGGCGGGUGGCGUUGUCGUGGCUUGUCCGUUGUCUCAUUUUCCCACUGCCUUUACAGCCAGCCCGAACCAGCCAGUCAACUCGUUGAUGGUGGAGGCCAGGCCAAGGUCACCUCUCAGACUGGCCAGGAUUUGCUCACGUGGUGCCAAGAGGUGACCGCCUCCUACCCCGGUGUCAAGGUCAAGGACCUGACCCUCUGCUUCCGAUCCGGUCUCGCUCUCUGCGCAAUCAUCCACCACUUCCAACCAGAGGCCAUCGGCGAUUUCGAGAGGGUGAAGGUCCUGUCUCCCACGGAGCGCGUUCGACUCGCCUUCGACGUGGCAUCGCGUUUCGGCGUGGCGCGCGUCUUCCUGGAUCCGUGCGAGGUUGUGCGCGGCAAGGGCGGCGGCCCAGACCGUCUCACCAUGAUGACCUACCUGCACCAGCUCCGGACGCGCCUCACGGCCAUGGCGGACAGGCCCGUGGCUGAGGAGGACGACAAGGCCACCGAUGAGCCCACCGUCGACCCACUUCCUCUCUGCCGCUGCCUCUCGCUUGCACUGCUCAUCUUUGACCCAAACUACCCAUCCAUAUCCAUGUUUGUUUCCCCUUCUAUCCCUUCUCUACUGGGUUGCAAACACCUGUCUGGCGAAAUACUCGUUAUUCUGUGGAAUCGGUUGUCGCGAAACUGCUUAUAUCUUGGCAAAUGUGGGCGGAGCCGUCACAUGAAUAGGUGUUUGUGUGCUUGGGCUUUUCCCCAAACCAAAAUCCGCCUUAUCGGUCCCCACGACAUGCGCCACCAGCAGUAUAAACCCAGGGUCCCUGUCGAAAGUGUUGUGAUAGUCCUACCCUCGUCAUCUCUUCAGGUAUCCGGUGGCGGGAAUGCCUCAGAGCGGUACGAACAUCUACUGACGAAAGCUAGAAACCUUCUUCUAGAGUCAAAGACGACGGCGCAGCCUGGGUCUAUCGAUUUGAUGGCAUCGCAUUUCCCAGAAAACAGCACAGAGAACCAGCCCUCUGCUGACCCGACCCAUGGAAAUGCCAAUGAACAAUCAGAUCAGUUGGCAGAGACCCCUCAAGCCGGAAAUCUGAAGGUUCGCAAGUUGAAGUUGUCUAAUCUGAAGCUCUUUGCCGACGGCAUGGAGCCACAUCUAACACCGAAUCACUCCAGUCCGCAAAAGUCACCUCAACCUUCAAGGCCUUCCUACAGUAAGUCGACACAAUUACCGCCUUUCCCAUGUGCUUGCACCAAUGCCGUGGUGUCGUGUCUCGCUCCUGGCAGUCCCAAAGAUGAGGAAACCAACCCAUUCCAGCAGACCCGCCUUUCCCCUUUCUCUUUAGUUGGUAGUCAAAAGCAAAACCCGCGGACAGGCGAACAGCGAAAGCUCCGCUUGUCACCGGGCUCCGAGGUCGUCGGAUUGGGUGAAAAUAAGCACUGUGCUUGGAUUCCACGUGUCGAAGCUCAUGCCAAUUCUAUUGGGCCCCUUACAAACCUGUUGGUCUUUGCAGUUGCGAGCGAGGCAGCCGCCGUGGCCGCUGAGCAGGAAGCGCUGGACAGGGAGGCUCCGUCGUUGGAACGGCGUCUCCGCGAAGUCAUGGACACGGGUAGCCAGGAGGAGGAGAUGUUGAUGCGGCGAUGGUUCCAACUGGUCAGCAGGCGAAACGCCCUCGUCCAUCGAGCCUACCAGUUGUCAAUCAUGGAAAAGGAAACCGACUUGGAAAGAACUACGGCACUUCUCAAUGCUGAACUCCGCGAGUUGUUGGAAAAGGAAGAUAACCUUAAGACCUCAGAAGACCGUGUUCGAGAAGAACUGCUUCUUCGGGAAGUUGUUGAAGUCGUCAACGAGAGGAACGAGAUAAUUCAAGAACUGGAUUAUCAGGAGCAGGCAUUUGUCAAUGAGGUUGAGCUGGGCCUGAAGACGGACGCCAUCACUCAGCAGGCCUUUCGCUCGGCCUACGCCACCUCGGGAGGCGACGCCGGCAACCGGUCUUGUGCUAUUCAGUGA